AUGGCUGCAACAUCCCUGUUGGGGCCUACACCAAUUUUAGGGCACCAUUGGAGACAAUCGUCAGGUAAACGGGUUGCAAUGAACCCUAAUCGCUUGUCCAAGGUUUACGCAAUCAAAGCUCAAGCAAUGGAGUUGACUAGAGAGAUCUACAAUUUCAAAGAAGAAGACAGAUUUCAAAAGAAUUCCGAUAACCAAUUCAACACUAACCAUAACCUAGACAGAAAACCAGGGUCAUGGCCUCCAAAGAAUAAAGCAGAUAACCCAUCAUUACAAAACCCAUUACUUCGUCAACACCAAAUGGGUUGUGGCUGGUUAGGUGCCAUAUUCGAAUGGGAAGGAGUCUUGAUAGAAGACAACCCAGAUCUUGAAAAACAAUCAUGGCUUGCACUUUCACAAGAAGAAGGUAAAUCCCCACCUCCUGCUUUUCUCCUCAAAAGAAUCGAAGGCAUGAAGAACGAACAAGCAAUCUCAGAAGUCUUAUGUUGGUCAAGAGAUCCAUCUCAACUAAAACGAAUGUCAUCAAGAAAAGAAGAAAUCCAUCAAGCUCUACAAGGUGGAAUCUACAGAUUCCGUGAUGGGUCCCGCGAGUUUGUGAAUGUUCUAACACGUUACAACAUCCCAAUGGCUUUAGUUUCAACCCGUCCACGAAAGAAUCUUGAAGAAGCGAUUGGUGCAAUUGGGAUUAAUGGCGUUUUCAGUGUUGUGGUGACUUCUGAAGAUGUUUAUAGAGGGAAACCUGAUCCUGAAAUGUUCAUGUAUGCAGCUCAGUUGUUGAAGUUUAUACCUGAGAGAUGUAUUGUGUUUGGGAAUUCUAAUUUGAGUAUUGAAGCUGCUCAUGAUGCUAAAAUGAAGUGUGUGGCUGUGGCUAGUAAGCAUCCGGUUUAUGAGCUUAGUGCUGCUGACUUGGUGGUGAGGUGGCUUGAUGAGCUGUCGGUUGUUGAUUUGAAGAAUCUUGCUGAUGUGGAAACUGAAACUGAGGUGGAAAUGGAGUUGGAGGAGGGGAAUGUGCUUCCUUCUUCAAGGGUGGCUGUUGAUGAUGGUGAUGAUGAUGAUUUGUGGUGA